UGGGCAUGUCCGUCUGCACGUUGUUGUGUAACCUGUUAAUAUGCGUCCUCCCAACACGUUGUAUUUCGCGUUCUAAAGAAGAUGGGAAAACAACAAAAUAUCACAGAGGAAGGAACAUGAAACAGAUCAUUCAUUGAUGAUUUUACGUGUGCGAAGUGUUCAAAUCUCGCGAGAUUUUCGGAUGAAUGAUUGCCCCCCGGUAGCGUUACACAAGUUGUUUGGUAACAUGCAUGUUGUGAAAGCAUUUGCUGUACCAUACUAUACCACACCACCGUGGCACCCCUGCAGCAAGCAUAGGGACCCCAACAAACUCUGUGUCAAGCUACAAAUCUAUCGGCGGUGAGGUCUAAUUCCUGGUAUUGGUAAGUUUUUUUUCCCUCCUUGUAGCCUCUUGGAAACAUCAAUUUCCACUAAACACCUUAAAUCUAAAGCCUUUUUCCAAUAAGGAGUCUUUCUCAGUCAUUUUAUCCUCUGUCUUAACCUCUGCAAUAAAGAAACAGUGUUAGGUUAAAAUUAGGCUACAUUCCAGACAAGAUACAUUUGGGAAACGUGCGGGUCUGUUAGUGUUUUUAUGGGACAGUAGGUGUAGACCACUGUGUUUGAGCCAGUGCAUUGCUACAAUAAGUUGCUACAAAACCCAUCACGUGCAAGGUUCUACUUGUAAACGCUCAUUAAUUUGAACUAAUGCAUUCCUUUUUAGUAGGGGAGAGUGGGGUAAGUUGAGCCACCCCCUGUUGCUUGGAAAUGGUAAAAGAAAUUGAUCAUGUGACCAAAUAUUUACGAGAUGGGCAUCAAAUCAUGGAGUCUGUGAAGGUUAGAAGCACAUGGGUGAAGGAGAUAGACAUUUAUUUACAAAAAAAAAAUCACUUUUGAAAGUGAAUUUAGUCUGUAGUCAGUUUGAUUAGAAUUGUGUUCAGACCAAAAAAGAUCAUUUUAGAUUUGUUUUAUCAAUUGUGGUAUCUAUGAGCUACAACAUGAGGUCAGAAACCUAGCAUAAAAGUCCACCAUUUUAGCUCAGAGGACUGAUAAAAUCGUAAUAGUAGGGAUAUGGCUCAACUUACCCCAUACAUGGUGUAAGUUGACCAUAGGAGACCACUUUUUUUUGUCAUGCUAUAUUAUCAAGACAGUUAUGUUUACACUCAUUCUGUUGGUUUGCAGGGAUGCACAACAUCUUGAAAUAUAUGCAGAUACACUAGAGACAUAACUAUGAUAGCCCUGAUGUAGUGAUCCAAAAUAUGAAAAACGGCUCAUCUUACCCCACUCUCCCCUAUCUGUAAACAGCCUAAGGUGUGUUAUUUGUUUUUCUAUCUAUGCUCAUCUAUUCUGUUCUCUGAUUUUGCAGCACAGCUUCAUUUGUUCCUCCAAAAUGCCCGAGGGACCAGAGCUCCACCUGGCCAGCCUUUAUGUGAACAAAAUGUGUGAGGGAGUGGUGUUUACUGGAUCGGUCCAAAAAUCUGAAGUCAGCAAGAGUCCUGAUGUGCCCUUCACCUCUGACGCCUAUCGCAUUACAGCUGCGUCCAGAGGGAAGGAAGUGAAGCUUACACUGACACCCAUGAAGAGUGAUGAACCAAAGAAGAGAGUAAAGGCAGGGCAGGCUGAUCAGCCGAUGGAUAUAGUCUUUCGGUUUGGGAUGUCAGGUUUUUUCCGCUUCACCUCAGAGGACCAGCUGCCCAAACACUCCCACCUGCGUUUUUACACUAAAGAGAAGCCUUGCAGAGUGCUGAGCUUUGUGGAUGUGCGUAGGUUCGGCAGCUGGCAGCCCAAUGGGGCGUGGCAGCCUGGCAGAGGGCCCUGUAUCAUGUUUGAGUACAAGAGCUUCAGGUUAGUAUUGCUUAGAGUAUCACCUGUCACAGGUAUAUGUUACUGUCACACUGACCCACUCGUUGUUUUGCAGGGAGAACGUGGUGUCAAACCUGUCCAAUCACGCUUUCGACAGACCCAUCUGUGAAGCUCUUCUCAAUCAGAAAUACUUCAACGGUAUUGGGAACUACCUACGAGCUGAAAUCCUUUUCAGGUGAUGAACAUGUAAAAACACUAAAUGCAGACACAGACACUUGAUACAGUUAUUUAUUAGUGAUGCAGGAACCCUGACUUUUUCAUUGGAGUUGGGUGUCAGCUAUCAUGACUCAAUUUUCAGAUUUAAAUGAGGGCUAUGUCUUCCCGAAAACAUUUAUUCAAGGGUUGCAUGUUUUAUAAAAUGAGGAAACUCUGUUUUUCUCUGCUUUAAAGAAUAGUUUUGAUAUUACAGCAGUGUAAAACAGAAGUUUAUGAAGCAAGAAUCGCAGGAGAAAAUAGAAUAAGUUUGGGAAGUUUGGAGAUCUGGCAUCAGUUUUUGUUUUGUUUUAAAUUUGUUUUGGUUACUAAUCUGAUUAUUUCAACGCCUUAUGAAGCAUAGACUCAUUUUCUCUAACUUUGUAAAAGUCCAGAGUGUUUGCGCUCUGUCACUCCAGGUCACAGACUCAUUUGUCAUUUACACAGCAGUCAAUAAUUUCAUGUUGUUUUGUGGCUAAAAUUCUCCCAACUUAAUUGUGCAGAUGUGUAGAGUACACACUUUUUAAGUGAAAAAAAGACUGUUUCACCCUUAGUGUGAGAGAAAAAAAGAGGACAAUGCAUCAAUAUCCUUUUUAAAUAUUUUUCUUCUCGAAGGAGGCAGUUUUUAUCCUCACUAAAGGACGAAUGAAUCGUAGCAUUGUCCUGUUUUCCUUGGAGGUCUGGGGCCUGUUUUUAAUUUUUCACUGGUGUAAAUUAUGACUAGCGCACACUCCCAGCAUUGAUAAGAGUCAAGGUCGGCUUUCCGAUAAAUCCUGUAACCAAGUGAAUAGCUCUUUCAUUUCUUAGUGUCCUGCUUCCUGUAGGGAGGCACAAUUAUUCAAACCCACUUCUAAAACAAAAGAGCCUUCUGUGUUACUUAAGAAAGGGUCUUGAAUCAUCAAUCGUUUUCUUUUUUAGGUUGGACAUCCCACCUUUCGUGUCAGCCAGGUCCGUACUGGAAGGCCUUGACUCAGAUGAUUUCUGUGAAAAUGAGAAGCCUGUGAAACAAGAGAACGCAGACAAGAAGGUGAAAGCGCCCAAAGAGAUUUGGACAUUUUUAAAUCAUCCUACUCUCGACUCUUUUCAUGCUCCAACACUGCAUCUCUUUGUUUGUGCGGCAGAAGUCAGGCAGAGCUAAACAGAAGAAGGUGAAAGAGGAGUCAGGUGACCUGCUCAGACUGUGUCACACAGUACCUCUGGAGGUGGUCAACCAGGGUGGGCUUUCUUGGUUUUCCUUGUUCACUCAAACUUACACAGAAUUUACAGUCAUCCUGAGUCGAUGACUGCACUCUUAUUCAGACAUAAAAACUCCAAGUUAAAACAAAUACAUUUUUACACACUCUCUCACUCAGGUGGGAAAGGCUACGAUCCUGAGAAGCAAGACUACUCUGACUUUGAGGCCUGGCUGCAGUGUUACUACGUGGAGGGAAUGAAAUCCAUCCGGGACCAUAAUGGGAGAACCAUGUGGUUUAAAGUGAGUCCAGGACAACCUAUAUUAUAUGAUGUGUUGUCCCAUCUCAUUAUGGAAGGGCAGCAGUGGUGCAGGAGGUAGAGUGCAGAUAAGGAUAAUAAUGGAUGAGCCUUGAGCGAAGAGAUUGUUGUUCCGUGAGCUUUUUUUCCGAUCUGAAGUUGUACUCACGCUACCUUGAAUCUCUGGCACAGGAUUAGAGAUUUAAACUGUUUCUGUCUUUUCAGGGAGAUCCAGGACCCAUGGUGCCUAAAGGUAUGUAAUAUUUGAAAUACACAAAGGGAGCCCGUCAUAUAAAAGAACAGCCCAAAAAUUAAACUGAUAUCCUUGGUAUUAUUUUGUCUUUCCAGAUGCAAAGUCACCCAAGGCAAAAAACAGAGUAAAGAAAGAUGAUGACCACGAUUAUACAGCCAAGAAGAAGGUAUCAACAUUACAUUUAAUGAUUUUUUUUCUUUUCAUCUUCUGAUUUAUGUGAAGGACAGCAGUUAACAAUAUAACAAAAGCAAUUAUAUUUCACCGCAGUCCUUAUUUUUCAAGGUUAUUAAAUCUAAAUAGAAAGGAGGAGAGGUGAUGUGUGCACAUGUGUACACGAGGGUAACCUGAAGCAUAUCAGGGAGAAAUCAAAGACAGAGGAGGAAAUCUGCAAAGAUGAGACCGGCUUUUGACUGGAAACUCCAAAAUAAUCUGUCCACAGGGGUUUCAUGAAUCGAAACCAUCCCUCUGUUUAUGAAGAUAAAAGAUAAUCCUUUCCAUAACAUCAGUAUAAUUUACUGUAUUAACCCACUCUUGUGCUGUGGAGGGUUCGGGGAGAGACCAAUCUAUCAUAACGGCUUUUUGAACAAGCAGGCCUAACCUGGAAAAUCUACACCUCCUAAAACAGUGCUGUAAAGUGCAGGGGCAGGUCAGUGUUAGAGACGCUUUUUAACGCUUUAUGGACUCGUGCCCAAAAAAGUUUGAACACUGGACAUUCCCACACAUUAUGCCAGUAGUUUUCUUCUUUUUGCUUUCUGUUUUGUUUGACAAUGAAACCUAUUUCAAUCAACACAAGUGAGUUGGUUGAUUUCCACUGGAGCUUACACACAUCUAACUGAACUUCAUUUGAUAUUGAAAAAAAAUCCUCUUCCUCCUAUUUUACAAACAUAAACAUUACAUUUUGUUUGACGAAUACCAAAUGUCAAAGGUGAAACUCUCCUAAUUGUGUGAAUUUAAUCAGGUUAACAAGAGUCGCCCUGCGAAAGCCACAAAGAGAACGGCUAUCAAACAAGAAACUGAGACCAAAACUCCAAAGAAAGGAAAGGAUGCAGAGAAGGAAACCGGAUCCAAGAGAAGAAAGACCGAAAAGAACCAAGAAGGAAAUACCCCUAACGGUGAAAAGACUUCAACUGCACGUAGGAGGAAGGACAAGAGCGCAGAGCCAGUGACUUCAGGUGCACUUAAAGUCGUCAUACAAAGCCUUAUGAGUCAGUAUGUAGUUUUGGUUUUCCUACCUGCAGGAGGGUUUUUUGUGAUCGAAGCCCCGAGAGGCUUGUAAGGAAGGAAGUAUCUGCUGAUUCACACAGAAAUAAUGAGCUGUAUUUUCUUAGGUGUUCAAUACCUAAGAGUACGUGACAGAAGGUGUUAUUUUAGGACACACAAAUGGGGAAAUUCAUUUUUAAAAAAAGACUAUAAAGGCACCGAGCAGAGCAGUCUGCAUGCACCUAAAUGAAGGUUAUGCUACAAGCAGUUGGUCUGGGUUCACCUCUCACCUUUGGCUCCUUUCCCACAUCAUGAUCAAUCUCUGCUCUCUCUCUUUUCUGCUUUCUCUUGGUGAACAAACAUUCAUUUUCUCCCUCCUGUUUGUAGAGGUUAUAAAUACAAACAAGUUUUAUGUUCACUUCCAUUAUCCUGCCAAUUUUCUUUUAAUUUACUUAACCGGGGGUCAUUAGCACAGAAAGAAACUUCUUUUGACUUCCAAACGGAUCACUUAGAUAUGGUUUCCACUCACUUUCAAAGCUGACUGUAUUGAAUGGUUGUGUUUGUUGCAGGUGCACAGACUCGCAGUGGAAGAGUGACCAGACAGAGCAGCAGAUAAAAGCCAAAAGAAGAGACAGCUACAUGGGACGGUUUUUAUUCACUUAUAAUUUUUUUUUUUUACAUAUUUUUUUAAUAAAACACUUUUCUACCAAA